CCGGUCAGGUUCGGUCAGGUAGUCAGUUGCUCAAAGGACGUCGGAACGUCUAGGCUACGGACUUUGUUGUUGGCACCGAGCUGGAGUGGUCUGGGGCACGCAAUGGAUGGAGGGGUCGAGAGCGAACCCGCUACUUAUUUGGAACACCGAUCCUGGCUCCGGUAUUGGGAGUGCGUGCAGGCCAAUGCAGGCGAAGGCAAGGCAAGGCAAGCGGUCGUUGGGUGUGGGCUUGGAGAGCGUGGGCGUGGGUGGAGCCGUCAAGGUGCUGCAGCACAGCUGAGUGGAUUGGCCAGGUGGAGUUAUCAGCAGGCAGGCACCCCUCACCCACUCGCUCGCUUCCUUUUAGACAGCCCACCUCAGUGGCUAGAUAUGGUGGGAUGGAAUGGGAUGGCUGGCUGGAUGCCAAACCGAUCGGUUCACGAGGACCUCGAGAAGACGGGUCCUGGAAUAAGAUGGCAGCAAAACACAAUCGCACCUCAACCUUCACACGCGGGCAGGCCUCGUCGUCCAUUGGGUUGCCGCAACGCCGAGGCCAAGGGCAGCCCAGCGAUAACUGAGGCUCGGAGCCUCAGGUGCUGCUUGAAUUCCAGUCUAGGUUCGCAGCCUCUUUUCGCACGCGCUUCUGAGCCGGUUCGACAGGAACGCAGACCACGUUUCUAGGCCGGGCUGUUCUGUUGCAUGCGAGAAAUUGGCUGAUGUUGCUGUUCGCUCCGUGGCCGGUCCGCCUGGGCCCCUCGCUUUCGAAAUCGACCGCCUCCGGCUCACAGCCUUUGCCUCGUUUCCCUCACUCUUGCUGCUUCUCCCCGCUCUGUCUCUCUGCCUUGCCUUAGGUUCUUUGUUCCUGCAACCCUGGGU